UAACACCAAUCUCACAUUGUGAGACAUUUUAUCGGUCUUCUUCUUCUUGGCUGUAAUCGAUACCAUUUCAGAUUAGGCGACAAAAAUCACAGUAUACAAAACAAAAUUGCUGUUCUGGUCGGCCGUGGCGGUUGCGACGAGGACGCUAACAACCUCUUUUUUACGAGACCCAAUUCAUAUAUGUCCAUUCUCAAAUCACCAAAUCCAUAACAGAAAUCAAACCCAAAUCAACCACCACCACCACCGUAUGCGGUGGCUCUUUGAUUACAUUCGUUAGCCGGCGUCACAACCCAAUUCAAUUCUCAUUUAUUGUAUUUGCACUCUCAGAUCAGCAAACCCCAAAACGAAAAUCACACCGAAAUCCACCACCAUAUUCAUUCACCGGCGUAACAACCGACAACCUAUAACUCCAUAAGCGCCAGUAAUAUUUAGAUGGGUCAAUCCUCCUCUACCUACGGGCUCUCGCCGCCGACAAGCCAUCGUCUAACAAGCCCCAUCACCGCUCGAUCGGAGAGUCUCUCUCUGACGUACUCAGUCGAAUCCAGUACGGAACUCCAGGAAAACUCUAUGGUAGAUGAAGACUACAUCUCUGAACUUCCCGACGAGUGCUUGGCCUGCAUCUUCCAGUUCCUCAGCUCCGGCGACCGCCGCCAGUGCUCUCUCGUCUGCUGGCGGUGGCUGCGGGUGGAGGGUCAGAGCCGUCACCGUCUCGUUCUCAACGCCACCUCCGAACUUCUCCCUUCGAUCCCUUCCCUCUUCUCUCGAUUCGACUCCGUAAAGAAGCUCGCUCUCCGAUGCGACCGUCGAUCCGUCAGCUUGGACGACGAUGCUCUGGUUCUGAUCUCCCUCCGGUGCCCUAAUCUCACGCGCCUCAAGCUUCGCAGCUGUCGCGAGCUCACCGAUCUGGGAAUGGCCGCUCUUGCGAUGAACUCCAAGUGUUUGAAGAAAUUCUCGUGUGGGUCUGCCAUGUUUGGGGCCAAAGGAAUGAAGGCACUGCUCGAUCACAGCUCGUCACUCGAAGAGCUCUCGGUCAAGCGCCUCCGAGGAAUCAUCGAGGUAGGCGAGCCGAUCGGGCCCGGCAAAGCAGCUUUGUCGCUGAAAAGCAUAUGCCUGAAGGAGCUCUACAAUGGACAGUCCUUUGGACCGCUUAUUAUUGGAGCAAAGAAUCUGAAAACCCUAAAACUGUUGCGUUGCUUGGGCGAUUGGGAUAGGGUUUUCGAAGCAAUUGCGAAUCGGAAGAGUAUUUUGGUUGAAAUUCAUUUGGAGAGGCUUCAAAUUAGCGACUUUGGUCUUCAGGCGAUAUCGAAUUGUUCAGAACUAGAGGUUUUGCACCUGGUCAAGACUCCGGAGUGCACAAAUAAUGGAAUUGUGAGCAUUGCUGAGCACUGCAAGCUACUGAGGAAGCUCCAUAUUGAUGGUUGGAGGACGAAUCGGAUUGGAAAUGAUGGCCUAAAUGCGAUUGCUAAGCAUUCCUUUAAUCUUCAAGAACUGGUUCUUAUUGGGAUUAAUCUUAGUUUUACAAGCGUUGAAGCAAUUGCCACCAAUUGUCAGAAAUUGGAACGCUUAGCUCUCUGCGGUAGUGAGACCGUAGGUGAUAAAGAGAUUUCUUUUAUUGCUGCGAAAUGUGUGAUGUUGAAGAAGUUCUGUAUCAAGGGGUGCCCUGUAUCUGAUCAAGGGAUUGAGGCAUUUGCUUGGGGCUGCCCGAAUUUGGUAAAAAUUAAGGUUAAGAAGUGUAAGGGAGUGACUAGGGAGGUUGCAGAUUGGCUGAGGGCGAAGAGGGGAUCGUUGGCGGUCAAUUUGGAUGUUGAUGAGGUUGAAGCUGAAGCAUAUGCAAGUGCAAGUGAUGUUGGAGCACAAGAAGAUGGUAUAGAGUUUCCAUUAAUGGUGAGCGAAGUAACUAGUUCUGCUGCUGAUGCUCCGUCUAGCAGUAAUGGCCGGCCUUCCUCCUUUAAGUCAAGGAUUGGCCAUUUUGGAGGUAGGAUUCUUGUGUCUUGCACUUUUGGGAAGUGGUCAAACAGUAACAGCAAUUCCAGUGGUAGCUUAUCAUGACCCGAACCAAGGGUUGGAAUGAAAAACUCUAUUUUCUGUUCAACUUGUCUUUGUAUUAGUUUGUGUUCUUCGGAGUUAAUCUUAUUGUCCAUUGCUUAUUGCCUUCUAAAUUCUAACCUUCAAGAACUGGUUCUUGUUGGGGUUAAUCCUAGUUUCAUGUCUCGAUUGCCAUUCAUUUUAAAAAAUUGGAACGCGUUGCUCUCUGUGGUAGUGAGAUGAAUGGUGAUGCAGAGAUUUCAUGUAUUGCUGUGAUAUGUGUGAUGUUGAAGAAGCUCUGUAUCAAGGGGUGCCAAGUAUCUGAUGAAGGAAUUGAGGCAUUUGCUUGGCGCUGCCCGAAUUUGGUGAAAAUUAAGGUUAAGAAGUGUAGGGGAGCGAGUAGGGAAGUUGCAGAUUGGUUGAGGGCGAAGAGGGGAUUGGUUGCUGUCAAUUUGGAUGUUGAGGAGGUUGAAGCUGAAGCUGUUGCGACUGCAAGUGAUGUUGGAGCACAAGAAGAUGGUAUAGAGUUUUCAUCAAUGGUGAGCCAAAUAACUGGUGGUUCUGCUGAUGCUUCCAUCAAGCAGCAAAGGCCAGCCAUCGUCAUUCAAGUUAAUGUUUAGCCCUUUUGGAGGAAGGAUUCUUGUGCUUGCACUUUUGGGAGGUGGUCAAACUGUAUUAGCAGUUCUCCUUAUCUUAAGCUGGACCGGCUCACAAAGUCAUGGGUCAGUUCACUCCGAUUCGACUCUCUAGCACGCGUCUCGUGACCUCCGUUGUUGUCUCCCUGCACUUUGACAAAGCCGGCACCACCAACACCACCUGCCACCAAACCAUACGCCUCGAUUUUGUGAGCCAUCACUGAUUGCUCUGCAUCUGCCCCUUUAAGGUAAAAAGCUGUAAUGCAUGUGAAGAUCACUGACUUAAAUGUAGUGUAAUGAAUCACAACACAACAACAUUAAUCCAACCAGAGUUAUUUUCGAGGUUAAUGCUGGGUUGGGAUUUGAUCUGUGGUUUGUUUACUACUACUCCAUAUGAGACUUAAUGUGGGGUUUGGAGCUGAGUGAGGGAGUGGUUAGGGUAUGGCCAAGAACUGAGUGACGGAUGGGAGGGCAGAAGAAAAAACCCUAAGGGGCAGGUUCAGAGCAAUCAGUGAUGGAUCAUAAAAUCGAGGCGUAUGGUUUGGUGGCGGGUGGUGUUGGCGGUGCCAGCCUUGUCACAGUUCAGGGAGACAACAACGGUGGUCACGAGACGCGUGCUAGAGAGUCGAAUCGGAGUGAGCUGACCCGUGACCUUGUGAGCCUUAGGCUGUUUGCUAUUUCUUAAGUAAUUUAAGCCCGUAUACAGCUCUUUUUCCCUCUUGGUCAGUGGCAAAUGCAUUUUUCCUACGAGGGUAAGUUGUGUUUGGGUUGGGGGCUCAAAGCAUACAACCUGGCUUUUGACUAAUGUGAAAAAAUAAAAUACUGGGAGAAAAAAGGCAAUAAGAUGUUCACCCACCUCAGGGAAAAAGGAAAAUGACUGAAUUGAUAUGCAAGUUUGUUCCAGAUGGUCUGAAAUGAGUUGCUCUUGUACAUUACCAGGCACCAAAUGUAUCUCAUCGGCACUUCACUCGCUUUCAUAAUCUUUCACAUCCAAAAGAGAAAACAGAUGCAUCAUUUGUUCCACUUGCUUGUACCAGCCAGGCCUGUUUGAAGUUAAUCUUAUUGUCUCUUGUUUAUUGCCUUCUAACCUUCAGGAACUGGUUCUUAUUGGGGUUAAUCCUAGUUUUACAAGUCUGUAUUGCCACCCAUUUUCAAAAAUUGGAACGCUUAGCUCUCUGUGACAGUGAGAUUAAUGGUGAUGCAGAGAUUUCAUGUAUUGCUGCGAAAUGUGUGAUGUUGAAGCAGCUCUGUAUCAGGGGGUGCCAUGGAUCUGAUCAAGGGAUUGAGGCAUUUGCUUGGUGCUGCCCAAAUUUGGUGAAAAUUAAGGUUAAGAAGUGUAGGGGAGUGACUAGGGAGGUUGCAGAUUGGUUGAGGGCGAAGAGGGGAUCAUGGGCGGUCAAUUUGGAUGUUGAUGAGGUUUGAAGCUGAAGCGUAUGCGAGUGCAAGUGUUGUUGGAGCAGAAGAAGACGGUAUAAAGUUUCCAUCACUGGUGAACCAAGUAACUGGUGCUGCUGCUGUUGCUGGUGCUCCAUCAAGCAGUAAUGGCCGGCCAUAGUUGUUCAAGUCAAGGUUUGGCCUUUUUGGAGGUAGGAUUCUUGUGGCCUGCAUUUUUGGGAAGUGGUCAAACAGCAAUAGCAGUUCCAAUAGUAACUUAUGAUGCAUCACCUGAAUGAAAAACUCUUAUUCUGUUCUGUUUUAACUUGUUUUUGUUGUAGUACGUGUUCUCACCUUCUUUAAAGUUUAUUGUCUCUUGUUUAUCUUGUAAUUGUAAUUCCUGCAAAAAUUGCAGUGAGACAAAUAUUUAUGUACCUUUUGCUUGAAUUCUACUAAUGGAUUGGAUUUCACUGCCAAA